AGUCACAUUUGGAAUCAUGGCGUCCUCCGGUGCGCUGAGAGGCAACGUGAUAACUAUUUGAAAUGACAAACUUUUGCUUUACUUUGCCCAUACGCAUCCUUGCAUUUUACUUUAAACACAUUUAGGUUCAAAAGACACGUAUUCAGUGGCGGACCCUUUCAUUUAAAGGCAAAGAGCAUUUCAUUCAUCCAAAAUGGCUUCAUUUAAACCUACAAAAAUCCAAGUCUACCCUAAACUUGGAGAGAAAGUCACACAAGACACAUUAUACUGGAAAAACUACAAAGCUCCUGUCCAGAUUAAAGAGUUUGGGGCUAUCACAAAUAUAGACUUCUCCCCUGUGGCUCCACAUAGCUUUGCAGUGACUGCAUUCACAAGAAUCCACAUUUAUGGGCCGUUCUCCCAGGAGCCAAUCAAGGCAUUUAGUCGGUUCAAGGACACCGCGUACUGUGGGAGGUUCAGGUCAGAUGGUCAGCUGCUCGUGGCCGGAUGUGAGGAUUCUGUAGUUCGGCUGUUUGACGUCAGUGGCAAGGUGGCACUAAGGAUGUUCAAAGGGCACACAAAGGCUGUACAUGUGACAGAUUUCACCUCGGAUCGUUACCAGAUCCUCACGGGAUCAGAUGACUACACCUGUCGACUUUGGGACAUCCCAAAUGCAACAGAGCUAAACACUUACCAAGAACACACAGAUUACAUCCGCUGCGGUGUCACAAGCAAACUUAAUAGAGAUCUGUUCAUCACUGGAUCGUAUGACCACACAGUGAAACUGUUUGAUGCAAGAGCGGAGAAGAGUGUCCUGACGAUGGACCAUGGACAGCCGGUAGAGAGUCUGCUUCUCUAUCCUUCUGAAGGGCUCCUUGUCUCUGCAGGUGGCCGCUUUGUGAAAGUGUGGGAUCUACUAAAAGGAGGACAGCCUCUGGUGUCUCUGAAGAACCAUCACAAAACUGUUACCUGCUUAUCUCUCAGCAGCAAUGGUCAGAGGCUUCUGUCAGCUUCUCUUGACAGGCACGUGAAGGUGUACAACACAACCACCUAUAAAGUGGUCCACAACUUUGACUACGCUGCCUCCAUCCUCAGUCUGGCUUUGGGGCCGGAUGAUGAGUCCAUUGUCGUGGGUAUGACCAACAGCAUUUUGAGUAUCAAACACAGAAAAAGCCCUGAGGAGUCAAAGGAAAGUCUUGUCCAGCAGAGGCGACGACCAACAUAUCGUGUCUUUGUAAAGGGCAAGAACUACGUCCCUAAACAGGAUGAUUAUCUUGUCAGUAAGCCAGUGAAACAGCAUUUGGCCAAAUAUGACAAACAGCUCAAGAAAUUUAAUGUAACAAAGGCUUUGGAUACAGCUCUGGAGACAUGGACAAGAAUGAGGAAGCCAGAGAUCACAGUAGCCGUCAUAAAGGAGCUGGAUCGAAGAGGAACAUUGAAGAACGCGCUGGCAGGAAGGGAUGAACAGGAACUCUCUAGGCUGCUCAAUUUCCUCAUUGGGAACUUGGUGGACCCCAGGUUCGCUCCAGUCCUUGUUACAGCGGCCGAGAUGAUCCUGGACAUCUACCAGUCUAUAAUCGGACAGUCAUCAGUUGUGGACCGACAGCUGUUGCGUCUUCAGGAUCUGCUGGAGAAAGAGAUUGACUACCAGCAGGAGCUCCUGGAGGUUCUGGGCAUGUUGGACACAAUGUUCGCCUCCUCCCUCCCCAGGAAGGAGGUGACUUGCUCUGGAGCCAACAGGUCUAACGGCCUCAAUCAGGGAGAAGCAACCACCUCAAAACCACAACUGCAGGCCACCUGAGACUUGCACUGGGGUUAAGAUAAACUGCUUUAGACUGGGUAAGAGUGCCUUUAGAACUCUGAAACCUCCUUUUUAGACACAAAUUUCCUGACAUGACAGGCUGUGUGUCUUCAACAGAACGUUUUGGUACAGUUUUUAAUAGACUGACAAACCCAUGGUCGCUGUCUGGUGUGAAUGAAAACACAACAAAGAGAACAUGAUUUUACUUAAUGAAGACUGUGUGUGAGUGAAUGAAAAGCAAGUUGCUGCUUUUACUGAAAGUCUUGUGUAACUUUCAGUUGUAAAUGUGAUGUGUGUGCUUGUUUGAAUGUGUUCACCAUGAAUGUCUGCUUUGUAUUUUCAUAAUAUUUGGCAUUGACAAAUGUUUUCUAAGCAGAUAAGAAUAAAUCUUUGUAAUAUUCAGAUUGAUUAGAAGUAAUUGUGUUCAUAUCUCUGGAAAAUUACAAUGAAAGUUGUGACCAAAGAUGAUUUUAACAUUACAAAGAGGAAGACAAUUGCUUGGGGGCACAUGCAACAAGGGGCCACUAGGCAUAAUCAGGAUAGUCAGAUUGUCCGAAAUAUUUCCUGGGAAGGACAUUGAACUGCAGAGCUCAAAUCCUAUCAGAAAGUCCCACACUGAAUUCAUAUUAAUCAUUUUUUCAAAGUUGAUCUACAGGUGUAUCUAGAAAAAAAUAGAAUAUCAUGUUAAAGAUCAAUAUUUCCCAAUGGUUUACUUCAAAGAGUUAAACUUCUAUUAAUUUUAGAUUAAUAUCAUAUAAAUAAAAAUAUUUCAAGA